UUUCCGUAAACUCAAAGCUGUUUGUAAUGCGCGCAGUUAAAUGCAACAAUGAUACUACAUGAAAACUGUCAAUUUCAGAUCGCCUAAGGGUUGAAUCUAAUUGAUGUAAUUUCAAGAAAUGCUUUUCGCAUAAAAAUCAGCGUCUACACGCAAACUCGCAGCAUUGGUCUUUGAAGUCAGGACUUAACAUCGACAAACAUGAGGUUUCCGUCGACAAUAUUAUUCUGGAUGACUUUAGGAAACGCUAUUUGGAGAUUGGCUGAAGCAGAAGAAGAAAAGUCCCUUAAAUAUUAUGAAAAGUCGAUGGAAGAGGCCUUACAGCUUGCCAACAAGAUAAAUGCUGCUUUAGCUGUGCAUGACAAGAAGGUUCGACCAAACGCUGGAGGUCCUCCUGUAAUGGUUGAUGUAGAAUUCAAGAUCAUUUCGAUUGGAGAGAUUAAAGAGGCUAGCAUGGAAUACACAAUGGAUAUCUUCUUUCGUCAAUGGUGGGUUGAUCCAAGGCUGGCGCACAAUUUUAGCACUCCAUUCAACAUGGCAGGGGACGCUACCAAGUUGAUUUGGACACCAGAUACAUUUUUUUGGAAUGUAAAAGCUGCCAAAUACCACAAAGUAACAAGGGAGAACAUGAGAAUCAAAAUCCACGGCGAUGGAAAAGUGUAUUUCAGUACGAGGAUUACCUUUACGGCUCAGUGUGAUAUGAAUCUUCGCUUGUAUCCAAUGGAUAUUCAAGUUUGUCCAUUGACCAUUGAAAGCUAUGCACAUACCACAGCUGAUGUUGAUUAUCGAUGGAAAGGAGGAAAGUCACAGGGUGUUGAAAUCGUCUCUAAAGAAAUGGCCCAGUUUGAGUUUGUUGGUGCGAAAACCUCAACCAAAGCAAACACCAAUAGUAAAGGUUCUUUUGCCAGCCUGCGGGCAUUUUUCACAUUCAAGCGUCGCGUGUCGUACUUCAUCACAGCGACCUACAUGCCUGCUAUGGUCCUUGUGAUCCUCAGCUGGUGUUGCUUUUGGAUCACCCGCGCUGCUGUACCAGCCCGAGUCACCCUCUCCAUAACAACAAUUUUAACCACCAUACUACUCUACGGUUCGGUCAAUUCUAAUAUGCCUAAGGUGAGCUACAGUAAAGCCAUUGACUACUUCCUCAUGACAUCAUUGGGAUUUAUCUUUAUGUCACUUCUGGAGUUCAUUCUCGUCCUCAACACGGAUCCACGCUUCUGGACUCAAAGGCGAAGAGAGCAAAAGGCUGAAAAAUUGAAGUCACUUUACAAAGAAACUCCAGCCGAGACUGUUGUCACGCUCAUGGACGGCAAGGCUAAACCAACCGAUAUUCUUAAGGAAAGCACAGACAUGACUCCUCUUAAUGGCCCAACCAAAGAACGUGAGAAGGAUCCACCAAAGGCACCAGAAGCACCACCAGCUGCCAAGACCCAUUGGAUCGAUUACGUCGCUCGUAUUCUUUUCCCCAUUGUCUACUUCUCCUUUGUAACCUUCUAUUGGAUAUACUACAUUAACCAUCCUGAGUCAGCCAUGGGUGGAGUUACUGAGUGAUGCUCAAUCAGUACCUUGUCGGAAGUUGACUUAAAGUUUGUGAGCGUAUUAUAAACUACAUAUGGUGUUGUAGCUUUUCUUCUUUCGCUAUAGCUCAUAUUAAUUCUUUUAGCUGGACUCCGUCACAUGAGAAAAGUGCUUAAUAAUUUAUAAAAAAGCAAAAACCAAUAAGAGCUCUCAAAAUAUUAGUUCUCUUCAGCCUCAAAUUGAUUACUAAAAGCAAUGUGUUAAAUACUAAGCUCAAGGUGAAUUUUCACGUUGAUAUGUGUUUGCAAGGGUGGACUAAAAUCACUGGAAAAGAGGGUUAUUUGAGGGAGUACGGUCAUCUUAUCGGUGCGUAAUUCAGACUCAUCUUUGGAGGCAAGUAUAAAAGUAGUGGUAUGGUCUUUUUUGAUAAUUUUGGGAAAAUUUUGUUUCAUAAUAUGCAUAUCAAAAGCUGCUUUACGAAGAGGAAAUCUGUCUUGCUCUAAGCAAUUAUCCCAAGAAAUUACUUUAGCUGCUCUGUUGUAUUUUUCGAGAACUUGAAUUCUCCUUGGGGUCGUAGAAACAAAAUAAAACAGAAAAGGUCAGCUAAGUCGCGUUUUGUAACUGUUCAGCGCGCGCCCUCCUUAUGAAUGAACACGCGUUUUAUUUUGGUUCAAACAUGAUUUCGAAAUUACGACUUAGAGUUCAUAAUGAUGAAUAAAUAGCGGAAACGUUUGGUUAGGUGGAAUGGGAAUACACUUGGCCCUCAUCUAGUGAGAGAGCCUGUCAGUAAGACGCCUUACUUUUUUCGAUGCAAAAUCCUUACGACUAGAGUUUAAGUCAGAAUAACGACGGAUUAAUUUAUCAGCUGUUAAAAAAAAAUGAGAUGUUUAUAUUAAUGGGAGCAUAAUAUUAGAACUAGAACACAACCUAUUUCACUUAGCUUAUGUAACAGAACACCUACAGUAGUUACAUGACGGUUCCGGAUUCUAAUAAUUUGGUAAACUAAUUUUUUUCGCGGUCUAUCGAAAGGGAAAACAAUACCCACAGAAAGACAAACAAGAGUGAAAAACUUGUAGAUGCAGCGCGGUUUGUUUUCCUUACCAGAAAAUAAUUUAUCAUUUGAUCACAAGUCUCAGAGGUCGCUAACUCAUUCCAUGGAAUGUUCAUUUAUAGUACAGCAGAAUGAUGUUCGGUCGAUUGCUAAUUUAAGAGACAAGAAAUACAAAUCGAGCAUUUAUAAUUAGUGUAGUGGAUGUUUUCACAUCUUGUCCUUGUUCUGCAAAUAGUACGCGCCACUUUAAAAAACGAGAUAGAAAAAGUCAGAGUCUGAGUUAGUGUCAAAUUUGGUAUUUAAUUUAAGUAUAAUUUAUCAAAAUAAAUCAUUUUUAAAUAUACACGACCGCGAUAAUAUUAUUAUUAAACGUUAAACGUAUUGAAUUCGUGGCAAUUAUUACAGAUGUUAAGCUUACAACUUGCAAUAAGCGUCAUUGUAAAACAUUUCCAAACAAUUGUUUAAUGAUUUCAAGAGGAACUUCUAAGGAGAAAAGAAGUCAUCUUCGAAUUUCCUAUUUGGAAAAACUUAUCGAUCGUUUUAAUAUUAAUGUAAGGAAAAAAUUCUCACGUUCUUGAACUUUAUUAAGAAGACAUCGACGUCUGUUCUCUGAAAUUGUUAAUAUGGCAAUGUCUUCUUGAUAAUAUGUAAAUAAAAAGCUCUUUAUUAACAGCUAAUAAAAGCUGCGUGACAUUUGGUGAAUUGAA